CCUUUGAACGUGUCGACUAAUUGUAAGAUACCUACAAGUCUGCAAGUUGGUCAAUCAAGAUGUAAAACCCGUACCUUAUACCAUUACACAUGUAGACAGCAAAUCCAUAUCUUAAAUUUUAUCGUUUUAUGUAUCUCCACGUUGCUUCAUUCCUGCAAACAGUAUAUCACGGACUAUUUAACCCGGCGGGGUUGGAACGUUGAGUUGGACCCAUUCACCGAGGAUACGGUCAUCGGCAUGAAAUCUUUCCAUAACAUUAUCGGUCGUCUUGGUUCAGGGAUUGGUCAGAAUAUUCUGCUAGCCUGCCAUUACGAUUCUUUGUCCGCGCCGGAUUUCUUGGCCGAUAUUUUGACUAAUUCAAUCGCUAACCAGAAAGUAGGUGCAAAUCCUAUCUUAAACAUCCAACUGGUAUUUUUUGACGGUGAAGAGGCAUUCAAAACUUGGUCUGACUCCGACUCACUGUACGGUUCACGACAUCUGGCCGAACGAUGGUCUAUUCCAGGCCCGGAUGGAAAGACUGAGCUGUCAAAAAUUGUGAGUUCCUCCGUNNNNGGCACAUUUUCAUCUUGA